UAAAGGUGGCACUUGUAAAGUCGACAAAAACAGGCUUUAAGAUUACAUGGGAUAAUCCUGUAUUUCCAUCCGAAAAGCAUAUAGAAAUGUAUAAGCUUAUUGUAAACGGAAAAGAACGUGAUCUGUUUAAACCAGAUAUUGAAUGUAGUUGUACAUGGACGCCUAAACCUGAAGAAGAUUGUGAUGUGUAUACAUUUGCUGUAAUUGCAUAUAGUGUUAGUGGGACAGAGAGUAAAAGUGGUGAAGUGACAUGUAACAUGUUAAGAGCUCCUGUGCCUCCUCGUAAUAUAAAAGUUGAGAAUUAUCCGAAUGGAAUACAAUUGAUUUGGGAUCAUGCACAUACUCCGAAAUUACACUGUAUAAAACACUACACUAUUAACAUAAAGGAUAAUGGGAGGCAACCACUACCACCUGUGAUUGUUCAUUCACCUCAAAAGUCACAACUGAUCAGCAAUUUGAAACCAAAUAAUUGUUAUACCUUCGAAGUAAGCACUUGCUCUACAGAAAACUUUGAAGGCUUAUCUAGUGCUCCCAUCGAAAGUGAAACUGGCGAUACUACAGUCGAAUCACAUUGA